UCACAGAAAAAUUCCGACAGCGUGUUUGUUUAAAAAAAAAAUGGAUAAGGAAUGUUGGAUCGCAACAGAACUGUAACGUUAGAUGUUACAGUUUUAUCCGAGAUAAUUUACCAGCGGUGCCAUAAUUCCGUUUAAAUUCACUAAUCGGUUUAAUAAACAUGGAAAGAACUUGACGCCUUAAUGUCUCGUAUUUCUGGAUGCUAGACUUGCAUCAAGGAGUUUUCGCUCGUCAUCAGUUGAACAUGGAUGAAUUAAAGGAAGAAAGCCUAAAGAAUGUGGACGAGGCCGAGAUUGAAGAGAAAACUGUUGUAGGUGAAAUUAAAGAAGAGCAAGAAGAUGAUGAAGAAGAAGAUGAUGAGGAGGCAUUGCCACACUCUGAAUUUCUUGACAUCUUUGAGGAAGGACUGGCUCUGAUGGUCCAGGACCCUUUACUGUGCGACCUGCCAAUUCAGGUCACUCUGGAGGAGGUGAACUCUCAGGUGGCUCUGGAAUAUGGUCAAGCCAUGACUGUUCGUGUUUGUAAGGCUGAUGAAGAAGUCAUGCCUAUUGUGGUCGUGCAGUCUGCUACGGUUCUGGAUCUGAAGAAAGCCAUUUGCAGAUAUAUGGAGCUAAAACAACAACGAGAGGGAGGUGUGAAGCACAUCAGCUGGAAAUACGUGUGGAGGUCAUUUCAUCUGGUUUUCAAUGGAGAAAAGUUAGAAGAUGACAAAAGAAAGCUGAAGGACUACGGGAUCAAGAAUAGAGAUGAAGUGACAUUUUUGAAGAACCUGAGAAGGAAAUGAACAAAUUAAGUUCUCUUUAAUGGGUGAAAUAUAUAAAUAAUGAAUAGACAUUUAAAUGAAAUGUUCACCCCAAAAUUAAAAAGUCAUCCUCAUGAUGUUCCCUCCCAAA